CUCCCUCUCUCUCCUCACUUUUCUGGUCGGCCUCUCUCUCUCCUCUUCACCGGAAAUCGCCAUCCCUCCUUCUCAGUUGGUUUUCCGGCCAUAACUCCCUCACCGGAGCUCCAAAUAAAAAUCCGAGACCACUCCCGUGCUCCUCUCGUCGGCGUGCUUAAGCCUAUAUCAGUGGGGUCGAGUUUGGCGGUGGUUUGGGUCGUCAUAAAACCGCGACCCUUCGGUGUUCUUUCGGCCCGAUCUCCCUCCUCCGACCUCCAAUCGGAAAACCGCGACCACCACUGCAUUCCUGGCAUCCGGGGCCUCAUUCCCCAAAAUUUUGGGUGAGAUUGGCGGUGGUGAAGUCGCCGGCAACAAAACUCCGGCGAGCCUUCCGGCGAGUUUCCCGGCGAUUGUCGUGUUGUCUCACUCUUCCCUCACCUUCCCCGUGAUACCUCCUUGUGCCUCCAGGUGUGCUUCUCUAUUUUUACUUGUGAAUUGUGGAGGAUUGGUAUUAUGGGUUUAGCAAGGAAAUUCUGGAAUUGGGUUGUGCUUGAAUUAAUUCGGUAGGCCUAAGGUAUUGCAUGAUUUGUUUGUUCCUCCUUUGGUUGGCCUACCGGGUAACAUGAGUUGUGAUUGUCCCACUUGGAGCCUAAUUUGCUGUCCGGGUUUAUGAUCCGAGGGCUCCAAGUGCAUUUAAGUUUGUGUGAAUGGUGAAUGGUUUUGAAUGUUUUUCCUCUCUUGGGGCCUAGUCCACUGUCCGAAUUUAUGAUUCGAGGGCCCCGAGUGUGGAUAAUUGUGUACUCACCAUUGACAAAUUUCCGUGUAUAUUGUUGUGCUUUUGCUGCUUUUUGGUUGGAGGACCAUGAACACUUACCUGAACAUGCUCGACGCCGACCACAGGAAGACUCUGCGGGACAUCCGACGCCGCAAAGUCGUUCAGCACCAUUACCUCGAUUUUGCGGUCUUCGAGGAGCUGGGUGCUCGCAAGGCAAUGGAGGUUGCCAUCCGCUCUUACCCUUGGGCCGCCUCCUCUACCUUGCUGAGCCGAUUUAUCAGGAGCUCCUCUGGGAGUUCUAUUCCACCUUCGAGCACUUCCAGACCCAUGCAGGCGAGCACGGCAACGCCAUUCAGUUUCGACUUGGCGGGGAGUCUUACUCCCUCAACUAUGAUGACUUCGGUCGGGCACUAGGGCUCCUUCCACCAUUCGCCUGCCACCUGGCCAUCGAAGAGAACAACAGUCCCAUCUUUCGGGACCAGCAAUUCUUCGAGAGGAUCUGCCUCCCGGAGUUCGCAGGCCCUGUGUUCACACCGGGCUACACCACAGCUACUCAGCUGCGCCCAGAGUGGCGCAUCCUCAACCAGCUGUUAGGGAAAUCUUACACCCCCAGCGAUGGCUCCACAAGUCAUCUUCAGCUCCGCACCUUGCACUGCCUGCACUCCAUCAGCCAGGAGGAAGACAAUCUUCAUUUGUCCUCUCUUAUCGCUAGGACGGUCGCCAAGGCUUCUCGCUGUGGUCGUGCUCUGGCUUGUGGGCCGGUGGUCACUGCCCUGGCGCGUUACUUCAACAUCGACCUCUCCGGGUUCACUGUCAUACUGCCACCGACACCCUUCUCCAGGGACACCCUACGACGCUUGCUGAUACUGCAGCGCGAUAGGGACGUGACAUGGAUCUGGGGACUGCCUCGACCUGUUCCUCAUGCAACAGAGGGCGAGGAUCUCCCCGAGUCGAGCGAUGCUGCCACUCGUCGUACCAUUAGUCGGACCAACCGUCGGACCACACCUUCAGCAGCUGGCGCCUCCACUUCCGCUGCCGGCCCGUCUGCUGCUGCACCCACCUCCUACAUUGCUGAGCAGCUGGCAGCCCUUUCCUGCCAGAACGAGCAGAUCCUUGCUGGCCAGGAGCACAUCAACGCCCGACUCGACCGUGAGCGCAAAGUUUGGUGCCGCAUCAUUUCGGCUCAGCAUUACAUGAUGAGCUACUUGGACAUGGACCCUGCUGCUGUUAGCUACCCUUGGGAGGCUUCCCCGGGGCAUGAGGACUUCUACCCGCCUCCCACUGGCGAUGGAGGCGAUGAGAACUGAGCUGGCUCUGUCUAAUGGCCCAUUGAGUGGGGCCCUGCAUUUGUCUUUCUUUCCAGACUAAGACUCCAUAUUGUGUUUCCUUUUCUCUUAUCUUGUUUCUUUGGAUUGUAGCUUUGGAACUAUGGUUUCUUUCACCCCAUGUGUGUGUUUUGCUGACUAUAGCUCUAUGCCGUUGGACUGGUCUGCCCUCCAGUCCCCGUUCCUGACCACUGUUUCACGGUAACAUCAUUCCCCUUCCCUCUGCUCCAUUGAGGACACUGUCGCAUUUAAGUGUGGGGGGGUUCUUUGUAUUUAUUGGAACGUAUAUAUGUGUGCUUGGAGCCUAGUCCGCUGUCCAAAUCUCGAGAUUUGAGGGCUCCAAGCACUGUUGUUUGCUUGAUCACAUUGGCACUAUGGUUUAAUUGGUGAAUCGAAUGGCUUUUGAAUUAAUGCAUGACAACUGG